AUGGCCAUGCAAGCACAGAAGAUGAGGUGUGCUUGGGGCAGGCUUUGCCUGAUGCUUUCCCUGCUCCUCCAGCUGCCGGGCUCCCAGGCCAAAUGCUACUUCCAGGCUAAAGCUCCCUGUGAGUACGAAGGGAAACAGUUCUCCCUUGGGGAAUCGUGGCUGAGCACCAACUGCCUGCUCUGCACCUGCCUGCACCCCAUUGGCGUGGGCUGCUGUGAGACCACCCAGCACCCGAUCGACUUCCCUGACUGGUGCGAGGCUCACUACGACUCACAGACCUGCCAGAUCUCGGUAGUGCAGAAGGCCAACCCCAGCCUGCCGUGCGUGAAGAGCGUGGAGCACGAGUGGGGCUCGGCCAGCACCCCCGAGCCGCUGGUGAACAAGCUGCUGGGUGCGGGGCUGAGCAGAUAG